AGCUGGGGCAGAUUUUAGUGCUGGCCGUGCCGGGGGUCGUCCUGGGCACGGCGGCGACGGCCUGCUGCGCGCGGGCCAUCUACCUGGACGGCGCCGGGGCCCCGCGGCUGCCGUGGCCCGCGUGCGCGCUGCUCGGGUCCAUCCUCUCGGCGACGGACCCCGUGGCCGUCGUCGCGCUCAUGUCGGAGCUGGGCGUGUCCAAGCGGCUCGCGACGCUCCUCGAGGGCGAGAGCCUGCUGAACGACGGCACGGCCAUCGUCAUCUUCUCGGUGUUCUACCGGCGGUGCGCGCGCGAGGGCGUGUCGUCGCUCGGGUUCGCCGUCGUCGCGCCCUACGCGCUCCGCAUGGCGCUCUGCGGGCCGCUCCUGGGCGCCGCCGUCGGCCAGGCCGCGAGCGUCUUCCUGGGCUUCGUCUACGAGGACCCCGUCGCGGAGAUCGCGCUCACGCUCGCCGCGGCCUACGGCACGUUCUGCCUCUGCGAGAUGGUGACCGUCGACGGCGCGUCCUUCACGUCCGGCGUGCUCGCCCUGGUCGCGCUGGGCGUCACGCUCGGCGCGCGCGGCCGCGAGCACGGCACGGCCGCCGCCGCGCACCGGCUCCACGCGUUCUGGGAGCUCGCGGGCUUCGUCGCGAACACGUCCAUCUUCUUCGUCGCGGGCGCGAUGAUCGCGAGCCGCGUGAGCCUCGGCCGCCUCGGCGAGCUCUGCGCGCUCUACGUCGCGCUCAUGGCCGUGCGCUUCGCCAUGCUCGCGCUGCUGUCGCCGCUGCUCCGGAGGAUGGGCUACGGCUUCGGGCUGCCCCAGUUCGGCGCGCUCGGCUGGGGCGCGCUCCGCGGCGCCGUGGGGCUCGCGCUCGCGCUCGUCGUCGAGGAGAACGAGAACAUCGACGCGCGCGUGCGCGACGACGUCAUGUCCGCCGUCGCGGGCAUCACGUGCCUCACGCUCGUCGUCAACGGCACGUCCAUGGAGUUCGCGCUCGCCAAGCUCGGCCUGUCGCAGCCGUCCGUGGAGGAGGAGCGGCGCUUCCGCGCGACGUGCCGCGAGCUCGGCGAGCGGAGCGACGCGACGCUCCGCGACGUCGUCGAGCGCGACCGCUACCUCGGCGGCGCGGACGCGGCCGUCGUCUGCCAGUACCUGCCCGUCCACGACGCGGCGACGUACGCGAGCCGGUCGCCGCGCGCGCGCGAGGCGCGCGUGCCCUUCGUGUUGCGGCGGCGCUGGGCGGGCUACGACGCGAGGUUCAAGCGCGCGCCCCCGCCGGCGCCGGAGGCGCCGACGCCCCGGAGCGCGCGCGAGGUCUGGGGCGAGGAGCGGCGCGUCGCCGCCGUGCUCAAGGCCGAGCUCUGGCACCUGCACCACGCCGGGUUCGUGUCCGCGGACUCGCUCGAGCUGCUCGCCGAGGUCUGCGACGUCGCCGUCGACCGCAUCUUCCGGCUCGAGAAGGGGCCGGCGGGCGGUGCGGCGCGGGGCGGUGCCGGCGACGCCGAGGCGGCGGUCGCCGAGCGCGCGAGCCUCUGGGACGGCGUGCUCCGGCCGCGGCUCGAGGCCUACGCCAUCGACCUCGACUUCCCGGAGCGGUGCGGCGGCGGCCCGCUCAAGGCCUGGCGCCUCUUCAAGCUCCAGUUCGCCUUCGAGUGCGCGACGAACUUCGCGCGCGCGUGCGAGCGCGCGGCGCGCGACGCGGCGGCCGGCGGCGAGGACGCGUCCGCGGGACGGCUCCGCGACGACGUCGGCAAGGCCGAGGCGUGGAUCGGCGCCUACGCGUCGGCCUUCCCGGAGAUGGCGCGGACGGUCAAGACCGAGGCGGCCGUGCGCGUGCUCCUGCGGCGCGAGGCGGCGAACGCCGAGAAGCUGCUCCACAGCGGCCGCAUCGACUGCGGCGAGCGGGAGCGCUUCGCGCGGAAGCUCGCCAUCUCGGAGCGCAAGUGCGGCCUCCAGUACUCGGGGCUCGUGUCCUUCUUCGACUUCCUCUUCACGGGCCACUCGGAGGCCUUCGCGGACGUCGGCGCGUGCCUGAGGGCCGCGCCGGAGCUCGCGGCCGUCGGCGACGUCGCGCCCCUCGCGCGCCUCGGCCGCGACGCCGUGCUGGGCGCCGACGACGACCUCGAGCGCGCGCUCGCCGGGGCCUGGGCCUUCGUGGUCAGCGGCGGCCUGCGCGUGUGCGGCGCGACGUUCGGGCCCGGGAGCUGCGUCGGCCUCGCGCUGUGUGCAAAUCAAAUCUUCAACCCGACUUCAAUGUGCGCGUAUUCGAAAGGCCUCGCGGCGGUCUUCGCGGCGGGCGCGGCGCCGCCAUGCUGCGCGCUCGCCGCGCCGAGCCGCUGCGUACUCUUCGACGUCGCGGCGACGCGGGCCCUCGUCGCCGACGCGCUCGAGCCGCCCGCGGCGCCCGCGGCGUCGCCCGCGACGCCGGGCGGCGGCCUCCGGGCCAAGCUCGCGGCGAGCAAGACCCUGAAGAGCGUCUGGAACCUGCGCGCGUCCGAGGGCGGCCUCGGCGACCUCGCCCGGGGCCUCGCGCGCGCGGCCGCGCUCGACGCCGCGCGGCGCGGCGGCGGGCCGCUCGGCGUGCUCCUCCCGUCCGCGCUCCGCGGGGCCUGCCGCGGGGGCCGGCCGAGGCGCGCGCCCGACGCGGACAACGGCGCCCUGGGCUUCGGCGGCGAGGGCUACGUCGAGGACCCCUGCGAGCUGCCGGAGGCCGCGUGGGUCCUCGAGCUCGACGCGGCGGGCGCCGGGGGCCUCGAGGCCGCGCUGGCCGCGGUCGCGGACCACGCGCGGGCCGUCGAGGAGCUCCGGUCCCACGCCCGGGCGCCGCGGGACCGGAGCGGCGGCCCGGGCGUCCGCCGGCGCGCGCCCACGCUCGCGGCGGCGCUCGAGGCCGCCGCGACGCCCGGCGGCCCCGCGCCGCCCGCGCCCUCCCCCGGGGAUGCCCCCGGCGACGCGCCGCCGGCGACGGCGCUCGUCUAGGGUCGCCGCGCCCCGCCGUCGCCCCCGCG